AUAAUUUCGGCAUAAUACAAAUGGGAUUAAAUUUACAGUGUCUAAAUCGUAGUGUCAAAUCUAUUAGACGUUACGGCAAAGUGUGUAGGGCGUGUCUCAAUGAUGGAUACAGAUGUAAGGUGUUGGUGGUGGGAGGCGGCGCUGGGGGCUGCAGCGUGGCGUCGCGGCUGGCCAGGAGGAUGGAACCCGACGACAUCAUAGUGUUGGAACCUUCUAGAUUGCAUUACUACCAGCCGAUGUUCGCGCUGAUCGCCGCCGGGAUCCGCCCCUCCAUGAAGAGCCACCGCCCCAUGAAGUCGGUCCUCCCCAAGGGAGUAUGUUGGGUCCGGGAUCAGGCACAAGAAUUUGACCCCUGUAAUAACAUAGUGAUCACGAAAUGUGGCAAGAAAAUCGAGUAUGACUUCUUGCUUGUCGCGUUGGGGGUUAAAAACGAUUAUGAUAAGAUACCAGGCCUCAGGCACGCUUUAAACUACCCAUACAGCGGGGUAUGCACGAUCUACUCCGAUGCGUACAGCGUGAAGACCUGGUGCUGCAUCAGGAACUUCCGCGGAGGCCACGCCAUCUUCACCUUCCCAAAGACCACGGGAAAGUGUCCAGGGGCAGCGCAGAAGAUCAUGUAUCUAGCGGAUGAUUAUUGGCGACAGGAGAUAAAAAUGCGCAGUAUGGCCAACAUAACAUACAACACUGGCGGCCCGGUUCUCUUCGGCAUAGAGAAGUAUGCGAAAGAACUGCACCGGGUAGUGAAAAGUCGGUGUAUAGCUGUCAACUAUUGUACCGAUUUGGUCGCGCUGGAUGAUGGAAAGGCAGUUUUUGAAGAUGGUAACGGAACGAAAAUCUCCCUCCCAUACAACUUCUUGCACGUGACGCCGCCCAUGUCGCCGCCAUGUUGCCUGAAAGCCUGUCAGUCGCUCGUCAACGAAGCAGGAUUCCUGACGGUAGACCAGCACACUCUUCAGCACACCACUUUCCCUAACGUGUUCGGUGUAGGAGAUUGUACGGACACGCCUAAUAGCAAGACUGCGGCCGCCGUGGCGGUCCAAAGCGCCGUAGUGUCUCGCAACCUACUCAGCUGCAUCGAAGGGAAACCACCCCAAUACAAGUACAAUGGCUACUCUGCCUGUCCCAUGAUGACGUCAUACAAUACCGGAAUUAUUUCCGAGUUCUUGUACGAUAAGAAGAUAUGCGAGACGUUCCCGUUUGAUCAGAGCAAAGAGGGCCGUCUCGUGGUUUACUUGAACAAAUACGUGUUCCCGUAUCUGUACUGGAAUAGGCUCCUGAAGGGGAAGUAUGACGGACCAGCGAACAUACGUAGACUUAUCAAUCCUUUGGGAAAGUGAGAUUAUAGGCCGAUACACAUUGUAUUAGUAUUACUACACAAUUAUUAUCCUUCUAUUUUGUCUAUCCGUAUAUAUAUAUGAACUAAUCUCAGAAAGCUAUUGACGGAUUUUGGUCCAUUUGUAAUGUUGGAAAGAUGGGUUUUCAAGGGAGAUUUACAUCUAUAAUGCUACCCGUGUGAAGCCGGGGCGGCUGGCUAGUGUUAUACAAAGUACUCUGACGGGACUAGCGAUGUGAUAGAUAUCUAUGAAAAUAUAAUGACUAAGUGAGCGAAUAAAACCAAUUCAUAAUAACAAAUUUGUGCGAUUGUUGAAUGGGAUUUAAGUAUAGGUAACCAUGGAAUGUAAUAAAGUAAUUUUGAUCAGUUAAAAUUUCUUAAGAAAAAUUUAACUUACUUUCUCAUUUAUAAUAUUAGUUGCGAUGUCAUGUUUAUUCCCAACUAGCAUUAUUUAUGCUCCAUGCACAGUGCACCGUGAUAAU